AGCUCGUUGAAGGUGCGGCAAAGAGGAACAGCAGCCGGGACGGCAUCGCUAGCUGCUUGCUAGGGUGUUUGACGUUUAUUUUUUUAUGUCCCAUUUUUCCAACUAAAACCGACAUUUCAAUCAUUUUUAAUAGGCUGUAGUGAAUGAAGAACUUGUUUUAUCUUUUUAAAUUAGUAAGGAGCAUUUUGACAGAAACCGAGACACAAAAAWAUAUAUAUUUUUACGCUCAGCCGGAAAAUUAUUGGAGCUAAGCUAAAAGAUCGUGGCUAAUUCUAUGAUAGCUAGUUAGCUAGCUUUCGCAACUGCGUUAAAGACCUACAUUUUUUGAUUGAGUUUCUUUUGUAAGCGUUUGCGAUGGCUGAUGUCGAUAAACUCAACAUAGACAGUAUUAUCCAACGGCUUUUAGAAGUCCGAGGAGCAAAACCUGGCAAAAAUGUGCAGCUGCAGGAGAAUGAGAUUCGAGGAUUAUGCCUCAAGUCCAGGGAGAUCUUCCUCAGUCAACCCAUUCUUCUGGAGCUCGAGGCUCCUCUUAAGAUUUGUGGUGACAUCCAUGGACAGUACUAUGACCUGCUGAGGCUGUUUGAGUACGGGGGCUUCCCUCCAGAGAGCAACUACCUGUUUCUGGGUGAUUAUGUUGACCGAGGAAAGCAGUCUCUUGAAACCAUCUGUCUCCUGCUGGCCUACAAAAUCAAAUACCCAGAGAACUUCUUCCUGCUGAGGGGAAACCAUGAGUGUGCUUCAAUCAACAGAAUAUAUGGCUUUUAUGACGAGUGUAAACGAAGGUACAACAUCAAACUCUGGAAGACCUUCACAGAUUGUUUUAACUGCCUCCCUAUYGCUGCGAUUGUUGAUGAGAAGAUCUUUUGCUGCCAUGGAGGACUGUCACCUGACCUUCAGUCCAUGGAGCAGAUCAGACGCAUCAUGCGCCCCACCGACGUGCCCGACCAGGGCCUGCUGUGCGACUUGCUGUGGUCCGACCCAGACAAAGACGUUCUGGGCUGGGGGGAGAAUGACAGGGGGGUCUCGUUUACCUUCGGCUCAGAGGURGUCGCCAAGUUCCUACACAAGCAUGACCUGGACCUGAUCUGCCGCGCCCAUCAGGUUGUUGAGGAUGGCUACGAGUUUUUUGCAAAGAGACAGCUCGUCACUUUGUUCUCAGCGCCCAACUAUUGUGGGGAGUUCGACAACGCUGGUGCCAUGAUGAGUGUUGAUGAGACUCUUAUGUGCUCAUUUCAGAUUUUAAAGCCAGCUGAGAAAAAGAAGCCCAACGGCAGCCGUCCUGUGACCCCUCCUCGCAACAUGGUCACUAAACAAGCCAAGAAAUGAGGGGAUGAGUGGGAGACAAAGGCCGGAGACUCACCCCUCUGGUUUGCUUUCGUCCUCUGCAUUUGAAGGAUUGUUUAUUCUUCAUGCUGCAAUACUGAAAAAGAAAUAUCCACUCCUACUCGAUGAAAGCAAAAUAUUUUAUUGUUCUGUUCACAGGGGUAAAUUGAUAUGUCACCGUGAAAAACCUCAGGUGUUUUGCACUCCAUUUUACAGCAAGUCUUUGCCACAUAUGACUGUUCAAUCAGGAAAAACCUAACAAUACAGCUACUUAUGCACAGGAAUGCCUUGUUUGAAGCUGUGCACAAUUUUUCCAGGUUCUUUUGUCUCAUUGGUCAUUUCAUUUUCACAGUCUGUAAAUUGUAACCUACGGCUGAAAAAAUAUAAUGAAAGUCACAUUGGUUUACUUCUGUAAAAGUUAAUUUACUCUUAGUGUCACAGCAUCACUCUACAUUGCACAUUUUUAAACAAGUUGUGUGCUAAAUUAAUAAACAUUGCACCCUUGUAAUGUCUAAAUCUUUCUAAUAAACUUUCAAGUGUGUUU